GCGUCCGCUUCCAGCCACGCACCGCCAGUCGCCGUCAGGUCACCAUGUUCUCGAGCAGCUGCAGGAUGGCGGUCCACCUCGCGCUGUUGGCAGCACUGCUGUGCUCCAGCGCCGACGCCCGGCCUCGCGUCGACUGCACGAAGUUCGUGUACGCGCCGUCGUGUCGCGGCGUAGCGGCUAAGAGGGCGUUGCUUCCCGCAGAGAGGGAUGUGUUCGGUGACAUACCAAGGAAGUUGAGCGGGCUGGAGCAGCUGAUGGAGAUGUAUGCGACGGCAGCGACUCUGGAUGAGCCCGCGCCAGUCAUGAGGAAUCAUGAGUCCGAGAUGUGGAGUGCCCUCGUUGAGCAGGCCUCGAAGCCAGAAGCGCUGUACGACUGGUACCUGAGCAGCUUGAAGCGAAGCAAAGAAGGAGCCUUGUACGACUACUAACAACACUAUAUGCAUGUAUGCUGUUGUGAAUACCUUCUGGUUUGGUUACCGUCCCUGCUGUUUGAAGACUGAUUACUGAUUUUCGCCGGUCUUAUCCACAAACAUUUUAUGUAUCUUCGUGAAUGACUUUAUAAUGUGUUGUACAUACAAAUGUGUUUUUUGCUCAUAUGUCUUAAAUGUGGAUUUAGUUUAAUUUUUUUUUAAAUAUUUUUAUUAGGAAUAGUAUUUCUACCUUCUUGUUUAAAUGCUAUGUUAAACCCAAAAAUAUUAUUCAUCUGAACCAUUUGUUUUUAUAUUUGUUGUAUUUUUAUGUAACUAUAAAGAACAUAGCUUUCUCAAGAACAUCUUUUAACUGUUGUCAAAACCUUUCUUCAAAUAAAGAUCUACUGUUGACUCUA